AUGUAGUAGUCCAAGGCGCGCUCGGCGAUUUGGCGCUAGUCUCCGUUACUGUACGUUUCGCAGCAGCAAUAGUAACGUUGGCAUUUUAUUAUCUUAUGACUGCUUUUAAUGGCAUAAAUCUGACAGCUUAAUGGACAGUUAUGGCUGAAGAAGAAAAUAAGGUUUCCCAUGAACUUUUCAAAGAUGUCAAAUUCUACGUGGUUGGGGACAUUGACCAAAAGGUGGUGCAGCUGCUGAAAGCAGGAAAAGGGAAGGAGGUGUCGUACAAUGCUCUGGCUACUCACAUUAUAGCAGAAGAUGGUGACAACCCUGAGGUGGGCGAGUCAAGAGAGGUUUUUGACCUGCCUGUUGUCAAGCCGUCCUGGGUGAUCCUCUCAGUUCGAUGUGGAGACUUGUUACCAGUGACUGGAUUUUCCCCAGAAUCAGGACAGAUAUUCUUUGGUGUGACAGCUUGUCUUCCCAGGCUUCCAGAUGACCUUAAUGCUUUGUGGGCUUAUAUAACCUUUUACGGAGGAGAAUGUCAGCUUAACUUCAACAAGAAAGUCACCCACGUGGUGGUGAAGGAACCAAAGGGGGCCAAGUUUGAGUGUGCUCUGAAGCACCCUAGCGUCAAGAUCGUUACCCCCGACUGGAUAAUAGAUUCUGUUAAAGGCAAAAACAGGAAGGAUGAGGCUCUUUAUCACCCCAGACUCACAUAUGUGGAGCCUGAGAACGAGGAGGAGAGUGAAGCAGAGUCAUAUGACCAGCGCUCCCAUUCAGAUGGAAGUAGCAGCCCCCGGCAGUCCCACCUGUCCAGUGGUGGCUCUUCUGGUGAGGAGUCCAGCCCUCGCAGACGACCAGGACCCAAAAAACUGAACUCUCUCUCUCCAGCGUCCCCCCACAAACCUGAGCGCCACUGCGAGCGCAUGUUUGAUGACUCUGACGAUGACUCCUCCACAGAGAAGGAGGGCACUAACCUCAACUGGACACCUGCUGAAGUCGUCACGCCCCCACCCCCUAUUCCAACCGGCACAGCCAGACGGCGGGGUGGGCCUCCUGGCAUCAAAGACCCAGCGUCAUCAACAGGCAGUGGGUUGAUCAACCUUAGUGCUACUGUUCCUCCUGUACCUGGUAGUGGAGGAGCCAUGCAUCCAGAGGCCCGUUCUACUGCUGCUGCCAUCAGUCACAGCACACAGCAUGGUACAUCUGUUCCAGAGGGCAUCCCUGGGUGGAGCCCAGCUGCUAGAACCCUUCGUAACAUUACCAACUCUGACAUGCAGCCGGCCAAUCGACCCGCCAACGCAACACAUAUUAUCCAAAAUCUGACAGCCAUUCAGAUGAAGCCAUUAGAGCAGCAGCCCAAUCAGAGUCAUGCACAGACACCUAACAGUACAAACCCUCUUCUGUUCAGUCAGUCCAAACUGGCAGGUCAUCCCCUCACAGCGGAGCAGCAGCAGCAGCAGCACCACGAGCAGCACCAGUCCCCCCAGACGCCCCAGCAACAACAUCAACAUUUACCACAACAACCGCAGCAUCCCAUGAUGCACCUCCAGCAGCAGCAGCAACAGCAGCAUCAGAUGCUGCAGGUACAUCACCACCACCAACAACAACAGCAACAGCAGCAUCAACAGCAGCAGCAGUCACAGGUUGUACAACAACAAGGUUUCCCACAGUUGCCCCAGCAGCAGCAGCAGUUUCUGCUACAACAGCAGCAAAUUCAACAUCAGCAGAUGUUUUCGCAGCAACAGCAGCAGCAUGCGUUCUCCCAGCAUCAAGUGGGGUCCCAGCAGCUAAUACGGCCUGGUUUCCAGCAGCUGCAGCAGCAACAGGUGCUGCAGCAACAGCUCCAGCAAUUCCAACAGCAGCAUCGUAUGCAGAUGUUACAGCAACAGCAGAAUCAACAGCAAUUACAUCAACAGCAUCAGCAUUUCCUGCAGCAGCAGCAACACAUGCAGCAGAUUCAGCAGCAGCAGCAGCAACAGCAGCAGGCGCAGAAUCAGCAGCAGCAGGCUCUGCAGCAUCAGAACCAGCAGGCCCUGCGACAGCAGCAGCAAACGACGCUGCAGCCUCCGCUCCAGCACCCUCCGCACAUCUCCCAGCUGUUUGGACAUGAGCCAGGACAAGAAAUUCCACAGGAUGCCUUCCUGUUGGGUUGCAUUUUUGCUAUUGCUGACUACCCAGAACAGAUGGCUGACAAACAACUCCUGGCCACAUGGAAGAGGGUCAUCCAGGCAUGUGGAGGUGUGGUGGACUCCACUCUGACCAACCGCUGCACACACCUACUGUGUGAGAGCCAAGUAAGCAACAUGUAUGUCCAGGCACUCAGAGAGGGGAGGCGCUGUGUAACAGCUCACUGGCUCAACACUGUACUGAAAAGGAAGAGGAUGGUUCCUCCUCAUCGUACGUUACAUCUGCCUUUUGCCUUCCCUCCUGGAGCCAAACCCUGCUCUCAGCACAUCAUAUCAGUGACAGGUUUUGUGGAUGCUGACAGAGAUGACCUGAAGCUGAUGGCCUACCUGGCUGGUGCCAGAUACACUGGAUAUCUGUGUCGCAGUAACACAGUCCUCAUCUGUAAAGAACCCAGCGGGCUUAAAUAUGAGAAGGCCAAGGAGUGGAAGAUUCCAUGUGUUAAUGCCCAGUGGCUGUGUGAUAUACUGCUGGGCAAUUUUGAAGCACUGAGACAGAUUCACCACAGCAGAUACUCCAUCUACACACAUGCUGAACCACUGGUUCCUAACCCACAGCUGGUCCAGAACCUGCUGGUUGCUUGGAGAACACCUAUCAAAGUAUCUCCCGAAGCUUUGGCGAACUUCCACCUGGUCCAGAGACAGAAGAUCUCUGACUCCCCCAGCCAGCCUGCAAACAAGAAGGCCAGACUGGAAGAAACCCAGUCCCCCAGUAAGAAGCUUCCUCCAGAGUCCACUCCUCACAUCAUGUUCACAGGCUUUGAGCCUGCACAAGUACAGCAGUACACAAAGAGGUUAUACGCUUUAGGUGGUGAGUUAGCAGACAGCGGUCAGAAAGUCACUCACCUGGUGGCCAGUAAGGUGACUCGCACCGUCAAGUUCCUCACUGCCAUGUCUGUGGUCAAAUACGUUGUCAGCCCAGAGUGGCUGGAGGAGAGCUGGAGGAGCCAGAAGUUUGUAGAUGAGCAGAGUCAUACUCUGAGAGAUGCGGAGGCAGAAGUGUUGUUUGGCUUCAGUCUGGAGGAGUCACUUAAGAGAGCCCACAGCGCACCACUCUUCAAGGGGAAAUACUUUUACCUCACCCCAGGGAUCUGCCCUAGCCUCAGCACCAUGAAGUCCAUCUUGGAGAGUGCAGGUGGAAAGUUGCUGGGAAAACAGCCCUCCUACAGAAAGAUCAUGGAGCACAAACAGAACAAGAACCUUCCAGAGAUCAUCUUAAUUUCCUGUGACAACGACCUCCACCUCUGUAGAGAAUAUUUCUUGAAAAACAUCGAUGUCCACAACGCAGAGUUCAUCCUGACAGGAGUUCUCACCCAGAAACUUGACUACGACUCAUAUAAGUUCACUUGAUGGUGAUGCAGUGAUGAGAUGAAGAAGAAGGAAGAACAGAUCAGGAAGUCACCUGCAUACAGUCCAGCAACACUAACUUUUCAGUUUUUAUUUUGUGCAGAGAUCUCCAAUCAUUUUGUAGUCUUUUGUUACCUGUUUGGGAAUAAAUAAAUAAAUGUAUGAUAUUUUUGUGAAAUAAAUGUCUAAAUUAUGGAGAAUUUUAAUAAUUUAGUUGUUUAAAUC